AUGGCACCGCAGUCGUGCGUAAUGAAUCCUGCGCAAGGAUCACCGCGCUCCGCUGCGCCUCCGGAGGACACCGCAACGGAGGAGCGAGCCUCUGGCGGCGUGGGAACCGAGGAGCUGGACCUGUCUCCUGUCAGACGACGUAAAAGCAAAAGUUUAGAGCUGCCCUUCAGUGUGGAGUCCCUCAUGUCGGAGAGGCCGCCCGGCAGGAGCCGCCACUCCCCCGAGCCUGCAGGUCCAGGCUGCGUCCCGGCGGAGGAGACCGAGUGCGGGUCACCGAGGGGACCUCACCGGUCCGAAGCAGAGGCGUUGGAGCCAGGUGACAAGGACACGGGGCCCUGGUUUCAGAGUCCUUACGCAUCCCCUCAAAGACUCCCCAGCCCGACCUCCUGCAACCUGCGGAAACACAAGAACAACAGAAAACCCAGGACUCCCUUCACCACCUCGCAGCUGCUGUCUCUGGAGAGGAAGUUCCGCCAGAAACAGUACCUGUCCAUCGCAGAGAGAGCGGAGUUCUCCGGCUCCCUCAGCCUCACAGAGACCCAGGUCAAGAUCUGGUUUCAGAACCGCAGGGCCAAGGCCAAGAGACUCCAGGAGGCCGAGCUGGAGAAGUUCAAGCUGGCCGCGAAGCCGCUGCUGCCGGCCUUCGCGUUCCCCUUCCCCCUGAGCGCCGCACCCAUGGGCGCACCGUCCCUCUACGCGGCCCUGAGCGGACCCAGGCCCGGCCUGCCCGUCCCGGGACUAUUCAGUGGACCGUAUGGGAUGUACUACUUGUCUUAACCCGCACUAACUCUGAGCUGCAACGUUGGGAGAUCCGCCUUAAAAUCAAACGCCUCCAUACAGCAAAUAACAAACACUGCAAAAGAACUAAAAGAUGCCUGAAAACUUUUGUAAAAUAUGUUUUGUUAUAUACUGAAAAGUCAAAUGGGGUGAGAGGAAUAUUUUUCACGCAAAACUGUUGGUAAAACAAGCUGGCUUAAUUUUCAAAAGGUCAAUGAAAGAAACGGUUGUGAAUUUUCAUCAUUUUCGAAAAUUUUCUAUGAAGUAUUUAAAAUUUAAUUUGCGGUAAAUUAUUUUUGACAUGGUCAUUUUUUUUAAAGGUUUGAAGCAAUAACUAGUGACGACUCACUAAAGUGACCAUGUGAAUGUUGUAUUUCUAUUUUGUUGGACUUUUGCAAAAACUUUCUUCAGGGUGCAGGUUUAAAAUAUCCACAUUCAGAAUUAAAAAUUAAAUUAAGAUAUCAACCUUUCACACAGAAACAAAUAUAUAUUUUUAUCCAUAGAAAUUCAAAUUUAAAUAAAUCGUAUUCUUUUUUUACAUUACCUCAAAAAUAACUUUUUAUUGCACAUGUUUAAAGAGCUCUUAAAUGUCCAAGACCACAGUAGGUUUCAUUGCAAAAUGUAGAUAAAUGUCCCACAUCAGUCGUUAAUGUACAGGAUAUUUUAUAUUUGAUGGGUGUUUUGUACAAUUAUUAAAAUCUCUUA